AUGGCUCAAACAAGAUCUACAACCAAUGGUGCCAGCCAAGGAAAGAGCAAAUUCCCCUUAAAGAGAGAUGUGAGUGAAGCUGAGGCAUCAGGAGAUUCUGAUGAAGACGUUACUGGAAACAGGGAUUCGGAUGGUGCUGGGGGGGAUGCUGAGUCCACAGCUGUUCAUCAGGAUAAUGCAUCACAUACACUGAAAAAAAAUCAUCAUUCCCAAACCAAUAAUGGGGAAGAAAGAAUGCAAGAUUUCAGUGAACCGCAGCUUGCUUCACAGACACGGCACAGAGGAAAUACUGAAAAAAGCACAGAACACCCAACCAGCAAAGAGACGGUGGGAAAAGGAAAGAGAAAGCCGCGAGAAGAGGCAAACAGUUCUGGCUUAGUAAUCAACUGUCUACUGAAGAUCCUUUGUUUAGUUCUAGUGGCUCUGCUUGUAGAGGGCACAUUUCUACAUGUCUACAAGCCCAAGCCCCCAGCCACAGAUGAAAAUCCAACCCUCCAGACCUUUCAAAUCAAGUUCAAGGAACUGAAGUCCCGUUUUCCCAGCCAGAGAGAAGAAGUGUGGAAGAGAAGCAAGAUCCUUCUUGAGAAGCACCUCUUAUCAGCUCACCCCUCGGAGCCGGCCAGCAUGAUACUGACCUCCGGGCAGAAUGCUCACAAGACGCUGCACUGUCUGGCAAGCCAGAUCGCCGGAGCUUAUUCCUCCACUUUGAACGCCAGCACUGUCCAGAUUGACGGGUCUGGCCUGGCCUCUAUGGACAGCGACCAGGUCAAGCUGCUGUUGGAUGAAAAGUUGAAAAGCAGCUUUGAAGGUAAUAAGCGAACAGCAGUGAUCCACCAAUUGGAAGAGCUUCCCCCAGGCGCAACCCUCAUCUUUUACAAAUACUGCGACCAUGAGAAUGCAGCCUAUAAGGCAGUGUCGCUCAUCUUCACUGUCCUGCUCGAAGAGGAGGAGCUGACCCCCAGGCUGAAUCUGGGUGCAGUGGAAGAAAAGGUGCGGGAUUACAUUCAGAAGAGGUUUAUCAAUUCAGAGCAGCCUGAUGCGUUCAACAGGAUGGAUGCCGACAAGCUAGGAGGCCUUUGGAGUCGCAUCUCCCACUUAGUUCUGCCUGUUACUGCCGAGAAGGACUUUGAAAACCAUGGCUGUGAUUCUGCUGACAGUAAAUAAGUACUUGUGUUCAUCCAUUGCUCUUUACUUCCAAGUUUUGGUACCAGGAUUGUAUAUGUCCACAGACAUUUUAAGUUGUCUAUUGAAAUCAUGUCUCGCUAUUGUAACUCCAUUAUUUGUCAAUCAUUUCUGGAAAGAGUAUAAUGACUACAAAACAUGAUAUAUAUCAUUCUUUUUUUUUUUUUUGUCCAUGGCACAUUUACCAGCAGUGUAUGU